AUGAAUAACAACAAUACUAAUAACAUAUUACCUUCUGAAAAUUUUAUCAAUAACACUUCGCCCAACUUAUCUUCUUCUACCAAUAUAUCUACUGAUACAACCCGCUCUUCUACCAAUACAACCUGCUCUUCUACCAAUACAGCCUAUUCUCGUACUAAUACAACCCAUUCUCCUAUCAUUACAAUCUGUUCUCUUACCUCUAUUCCUACCAAUACAACCUCUAUUCCCACCAAUACAACUCGUUCUUCUACCUCUAUUCCUACUAAUACAACCCGUUCUCCUACCUCUAUUCCUACUAAUACAACCUGUUUACAAUCGGUGCCUCCAACUCCUGGUUCUCCAAAUAGUGACAGUAAUUUAUCCGAUUCAUACAAAAGCAUUAAAAGUAUACAGAAUAUAUUUGAGAAAAUGAAAGGAAAACAAACAAAAUCAGAACAUACUACCUAA